GGCAAAAGAAAAUAACAAAUAAAAAUGAUAUUGCCCAAAAAUUUUGAUUAGAAAUUCAGAAAAUGAAAUCGAUUUUGCAGAAUACAAAUUCUAUAAAAUGUAGUUAAUUUUGCAGAAAAAGAAAUCAGAAGCAAACCUAAAGCGGGCAUCUUUUGGUCGUAGGAAGAACAGAGUCAGAAAAUGCACAGUGCUGGGCGGUGUGGUGGCUGGAAGACGGAGGAGGCGGCGACGUCUGCUAAAGGACGGAGUCGGGAUCAAAUUUUUAGCAUUCUGAACCCUAGAGUCGGGGUCAAAUUUUUAGCUUCUUUUUAGCAUCUUCUUGCUCCACCAUACACAUGUCACCACCUGACAUCUUUUGAAUCCUUUUUAAUCGGGCUUGCUAUGCAAUACCGGAGUUGCUGAGCCGUUAUUUCUGGUAUUUAUAAACACAUACUCUCUCUACUUACCACCCAGAUCACACUCAACAUAAGUGAUCGAUUUUCAAUUUUCCACACAAAUUUGUUAUUUUUCCCCAAAACAUGCCUCUUUACAGAAUCACCGUCGGAUCUCCGGGGGAAGCCGCCCACCCCAAUACACUCAAAUCCGGCCUAUCGGAAUUCAUUUCCACCUUCAUUUUUGUAUUUGCCGGCUCCGGCUCCGGCAUGGCUUACGGUAAGCUGACGUAUGAUGCUCCGGCAACGCCGUCAGGCCUAGUGGCGGCUUCCCUAUCCCAUGCUUUUGCCUUAUUUGUGGCGGUUUCGGUUGGUGCAAACAUUUCCGGCGGCCAUGUAAAUCCGGCCGUCACAUUUGGCUCCUUCAUUGGCGGGAAUAUCUCGUUUUUAAGCGCGAUUGUGUAUUGGAUCGGUCAAUUACUCGGAUCCCUUGUCGCCUGCUUGCUCCUCCAGUAUGUCACCGGUGGAAUGGCAACACCGGCGUUUGGGCUAUCACCAGAUGUUACAGUUGGAAACGCACUCGUGUUGGAGAUCGUGAUGACAUUCGGUCUAGUCUACACGGUGUAUGCCACCGCAGUGGAUCCCAAGAAGGGUAAUAUUGGAAUUAUUGCACCUUUGGCAAUCGCGUUCAUAGUCGGUGCAAAUAUUUUAGUUGGCGGUGCGUAUGAUGGUGCAUCAAUGAACCCGGCGGUAUGCUUUGGUCCAGCCGUGGUGAGCGGGGUGUGGAAAAAUCACUGGAUCUACUGGGUCGGCCCGUUUCUUGGUGCUACUAUUGCAGCACUUAUAUAUGAUAAUAUCUUUAUAGAUGAGCACGAGGCGCUUCCGGUAACCGAUUAUUGAUUAUUUGGUUUUUUGGUUUAGUUUAUGAUUAGUAGUGAAAUUGAUUUUGUCAUUUUUUGGAAAUUAGGCUAAGUUUUUUCAAUUGCUUUUAGGGGAUUAAAUAAGAUGUGUUGUUUUGUUUUGUUA